UCUUCAUCUCACACAUCUCACACAUCUCACACAUCUCUAUUCUCUGACUAUACGUAUUGUACAUUUGGUGUUUACUUGUAUGCGUACUGUGUAUUGUCAUACGAGUGUUACUGUCAGAAAACAUUAAUUAUUUGAAUAUUUUUCAUAAAACAAUUUACAAAUCGUCAAUAUAAGUUAUUCAUAAUCAUCAUAAUCAUGGAUGAUUUACAAAAUUAUAAACUGCAGCUUCAACAGGUUGAAGCUGCUUUAACAACAGAUCCUUCAAAUGAAGAACUGUUGAAAUUGAAAAUAGAUUUAGAAGAAGUCAUUGAGCUCACUCAUGAUUUAAUCAAGUCUCAACAACAAGAAAAACGGCAAGCCAAUGGCAUGGAUCCUAAAGAUCCAAUCUUACUUGCUGUAUUAGCUAAUAAAUGGAAAGUUGGAGAUCAAUGUAUGGCUCCCUGGAGCGAGGAUGGAAAAUAUUAUGAAGCAACAAUUGAUGCGAUAAAUGAAGAUGGAGUCGUUAAUGUUACUUUUAACGAGUUCAAAAAUACUGAUGUUACGAUGCUUAAUCAAUUAAAAUCAGUUGCUAAGAGGCCAGCAUCUGAUUGGGCUGAUCAAAAAUCAAAAAAAAUGCAAGCAGCAGCAGCUGGUGCCGAUCCAAAUAAACAACGCGAAUAUUUAAAAAAGAAAAAACAAAGAAAAUUGCAACGGUUUAAAGAGCUAGAAGAAGAACGUGAACAAGAAAAAAAUAAAUGGCUCGCAUUUACUACAAAGUCUGCCAAAAAGGGGGUUACGAAAAAAAGUAUUUUUGCUACACCAGAAAAUGUAAAUGGUCGAGUAGGAAUUGGAACUUGUGGAGUUAGUGGACGAGAAAUGACUAAAUUUAGUAACGGAGAAAAAUGGAGACGUGGAGCUUAACUAUUGUAAAUAUACGGAUAAAAUACUAUAAAUCAAUAACAGAUUACAAAUUAUUGCAUUAAUAAUAAUUGUUAUAUAUAAGCACAUUAUUUGUGCUAAAGACUUUUUGUUGAGAUAUUUAAGAGCUAAAUAUCGUAAACAAAUCCUAAAUAGCUCUUUCUUAUAAUGUAAACUAUUGUUAGCUACAAUCAUUCGUGGCCAGUAGCCACUUAGAUUAUCAAAUUGUAGAGUAGUCAAUCCAUUUCAUUUGCCACAAAAAUGAUGAUUAAACCCAUUUUGGGUUCCUGUAUAAAAAAUAUUAAUGAGUUAACGAUUUUUUUAGAUUAAAUUAUAUGAUUGUGAAUGUUUGAUGUAUUGGAUGUAAGAGUGAAGUGUAAACUGUAUAAUUAAUUCGAUUUAAAUUUAUUUGUAUUUACUAGUCUAGAUGACUUAUUGGUAUCAAUAAAUAUUUCUAUUUUAAACGUUA